CUGGAUUAUAAAAACAAGAAUUAAUAAAAAGCAUAAUCUUAAAAACCCAAGAUAUAUAAAUAACCAAUAGAGUUUCGAAAGGCGAUUACCGCUUAAAUGAAACUAUUUUAACAACAACCACAACGAAAUUGGAAUAACUGUAUGUUAAAAAUGUGUCUACUUAAAAACAAAAGCGAAAGACAACCAUAUACAUGAACAUACAAUACAUAACUGUUAAAUAAUUCGAUUUUUAUUCGAAAGACAAAAAUUAACUAUUCGAAAUACCUUUUGUCAAUAAAAAAAGUUAUCCGAAAAUAAAUCAGUCGCGGUAGUUGAUUUUUAAUUUCUAGGAUCACAUGAAAAAUCUACGACAAAGAUUACUUACAUUCUAAGGCAAUACAAAAUUAUUGCGCAUACGCCAUGGACAUGCCGCCUCAAGGGCUGCUUCAGUUUAAGGAUGACUCCAACUGCCUUGUUUAGGAACACUCAAUUGAAGGAAGACGUUUCGAUAAUAGAAAUAUUGUUAUAAAAGUAAAAGGAAAUACAUAUUGCAUUUGUUUGUAGUUAUUCUGAAAAUGAAAAAAAAAUUAUCAAACUGAAGUCAGCGGAAACCAAUUUAAGGGGCCAUAAAGGCCAAGGCCACAGCACGAGAGAAAACACUAGAGCGAAAUAAAGCGAAAAUUGCAAAAAAUCAAAAGCGAGAUAAAAAAGAGAUAAAAACGAAAUUUGAGAAAAAUAAGAGAUAUUUGAUGACUACUGCAGUUGAAUGUGUGGCCUUUGGCACUUCCCAAGGUUUCGGUACUGAUUUUAACCCAAACCUUGAUGCCGCUUACGCAUACCCAAACGUAGCGAAGAGUGAUACUACCCAGGUAGCCACUAUAAAUGGAUAUGACAGAUUAGCCCGAGGAGAUGGAGCUGGAGGAGGUCGUCAAAACGACACCAACAAUGACAACGACAGACCCAGCACAAGUAGACAACGCGGAGGAAGCGAUCGCAGGGAUAACGGUUCAGGAGCAGAUCAACCUCCUCAACGUACGCCUAACCAAAGUGGAAGCGGAGGUGGACCACCUGGCCCACCUAAUGAGAACAACCUUGCCACAGGAGGAGGCGGCGGCCCUGCCCACGGUUCAACCGCAAGAACAAUGCCCAACCAGACACAGUUGACGACACCUUCAGAAGUGUUGUCUAUCAUCGCCAAGAUGUUUAUCGACCCGAUCCCCAACCCAACACCACAAUCAGCUGAAUACAUGCCUUCAGGAACAGAGAUCCUUCGCAAUAAGCUAGAGGAAGACUUCACCAAAUACAGCCCAGUGAUGUGGGCUGACCCUCUACUUCCGUACGAGCUACAGGCAGCUGAUGGGGACUCGGCUCCCGACGAGGUACCAGCAGUAGGAGUUGACGUCAACAACGGGUUCAACUCACAGUUAACACUGGGCCUAUCGGCACUCGGCAUCCAAAUAAAGACAAUUGUUGAUGCCGAAAUAUCACAGACAGGAGCAAUACGCGCUCUAAUGCCGAUAGCAGGACUCAAAGAUCAAAGGUCCAUCGCCACCAUCAUGCACAUGUGUGACAUAGAGUCCGGGCCACAACUCGACGAGGCAGCCUUGCUUCGACUACUGCUCCUUCAAGCAAGUACCAUUGACGCGUACCAACAGGUCUUCACCUCGUCGGGGGUGAACGAGUUUGCGAUAAACAUGUACGCGAAACGCACCGACUGUUCCCUAAAGUGGACCCCGUGCCUUGAGUCAUCUGACAAGGUACAGAUCGGAAUUGCCACCUCAACAAGCAGCCUAUAUUUCCGAACGAUAGACGAGUACGCCGCCCUAGUGUCAGGGAACGCUACCGACGGAACCUACAUCCGCAACAAGAGCAAAAAUCGCGUUGAUGUCAGCGACGUGGUAUUCAUACCCGUCAAAUCUGCUUGGAGAGGACAGGCCUGGUUGGUCCCUUACAUACUAGCCUUUACCACGACAUCUUGGUGGAACCACGCCAUCACGGUAGAUGUCAAAUACUCAAAUACUGUGACUGAGAAAACAGCAGGCAAAACCAUGAAAGCAAGGUUUAUCCCAAAGGCAGCAACUGUGUAUGUUCCCGGCAGUUACACAAACAUAUGCCUCGUUGUGGUGGAUUCGACCCGCCAAGCCUUUCCUGACAACCAAGAUUACGCGCUGUGUCGGGGCAUCUCUGCCAGCAGAGCUGGAAACUUCGAGUUCGCUAAGCAGGUGUAUGCGUACCUUGGACGCAGGACGGAUAACGCUGUUCGUGGAAUGGCAACGUCUGACUUGACUCAGGCACUCAACCAUAUGAUUGAGACGAUGUGCACCAGGGCAGAAUUCAGGCAAGUCCACCUGAAAUGUGCGAUACUAUCAACAUCCCGGUUCAAUGGGUUUGGGUGCUACCCAAAUCCCGAUACCCCGCCAAAAGCUGAUGGAGAAGGAGAGGCUGACCGUGACCAUAUAUUCGGCCCCGCCAGUUUCAACCCCGAGAAAACUAUUAGAGUUGGAACCCUUGACAUCCCCGACCUUGUUAACCUAACCAAUGCAGACAGGACAAACAGGUUGAUAAGCUUACAGACAUGGCGGUGCGACCCAUUGGGCUAUUUCGCAUAUGGACUCGUUAACACCAAAAAGGACGAGUCCCACAAACCUUGCCUCUACGAAUACAAAGCAGGGUGUUUGCAAUACCAGGUGUCCGAGACCUCGUCUAAUCUCAGGAUACUUAGGGCCUGCGGAAUAUUCGUCCAAGACCCCGAAUCCGACAGACACGUUCUACAAAGACCAGUAGACGUUUUUAACACCACCAUCGGAUACGCGUCUCUCAUGCUCGGACUUACAAACUGGGCGUUUAUGGAACUUGGUGUUACCCUGUUCGAGCACAACAGAAUGUCUCGCAGAUGGCGCUGCCUAGCAGAUCAAUACCUCGAACUCUGGCCCACAGUGAGCAACGACUUUGUGAUAAGGUCGUCGGAAUUCGUGGAGAGAUCGGUGGACAUCGAAAAAUACCAGAAACUGUGGGGAUGGAUAACCAACCACGCCACAAAGCCCGAAAACGUCCCAAAAGUAUGGAUGGACACACACUACAGCUGGAACUGCCCCUGGUGGUAUGUGGGAGCGAUUGCCGAGAAGUUUGGCCAUAAGUUUGUCAUUAGGACAGAGCCUAACGGUGAGCUUAUUGCCGACCAAGUCUACGCAGAUUCUAACAACAUGCUAGGAUGGUUGAUUGCCCCGAGCUCCAGCAAUCAGUACGACCUGUCCAUACUGUCAUCGUCGUGCCAGUAUGAAAGAAGAGUACGUCGAAGCAAGCCAGCGUACUUCGACAUUUUAACACCAUCCUCAAACGGGAAAAGCGAGGAAUACAACUUUCUUUCAUGGGAUAUGAACUCUGUGCUGGACACCAAGAAGACGGAAUUCCGAUCAAAGACAAGGACGAGUCCUCCCGAUACCGCAGGCAUCGUGGAGUUGAACGUCGUGGUAUUCCCUAGCGCUCGCACAUUUAAGAUGAAGACGUGCCCAAGAGCGUUCGUCAGUGGGGACAACAGAGUUGACGGCAAAGACGAAACCACCCUGCCGUUCAUUUCAGGUGGUCUGAAAUGGCCUGAUCCAUGGUUGGACUGGUUGCUCCGAGGUGGAAUAGCUGUUCUGCCCCACUUGAUUACCGGCAAUUGGAUUGGUGCUUUAGGGAGUGGACUGGCAGUGGUCGUAGAUGCACCAGCAGAGUGGUCUACCGCCCAGGCCGACAAGUCUAACACCUUUCAUACAAUCAUCGCUCAACAAACAUCUAUAUCUGAGCCAUUCGUACGGUCUAUUGAGAUUGACCCACAAAACAAGAUCCCUGACUCUACAAUUCGUCAAGACGAUCACGUCAAACACGACAAAAUUCCUGAAUUUUGUGGAAAAACUGAGAAGCCAUCUAUCCACGCGAAAAAAUCUGACGUGGGACAAAAAUCUGUAUGUAAGACAGGUGAUCCUAUCCAACGAAGAUGUGGUAAAGAGCAGCCCUUUGGGGGGAAUGGAAAUCACUACGAGCAGCAUACAAGCAGGCUGUCAACUCUCUACGAGAGUUCGAGUCUGACAUCACCGUGUUUCCAAAUUUUAAACCCAACCAGCUGAAAAGCUACUUGAGAUGCAGAACAUCGUACUCAAGUGACCGACUUACCACAUUUGACAACACUCUGGCAUGCUACUUAGACACAGUUAAAACCAUCAUUGGCGAUAACAAUCAUCCAACAUGUCUCAUCCUCCAUCUCAUCCAAACAUCAAUCAAACAUUAAAGGGUGUAAAUAUUUAUAAAACUGUGGAAAUUUAGAUCAUACGUACAUAUGUUCAAUAUAAGUAGGAAUUGAUUAUAUAUACUUGCACAUUCAUACAUAUUUAUAUGUACUUAAAUAAAAAUGAAGGUGUAUGCACGAAUGAUUUUAA